GAGUUUGGAGUUUGACGUGCCAGGCAGCGAAUGUCUUUUUACCUUUUACCUUUAUUCACUGAUUUUUUAAAACGAGAGUUCAAGUUACCCUGGCGUGACAUUAGACGAUCUGAACAAGUUUUCAGAGACGACUGAAAACUACAGAGCACGACUUUUUUUGUAAGAAUAAGGAGCAAGAAAUCUUUUUUUUUCCUGAACACAAUUCGUGACCUGCCAGAACUUGCGGAGAACUAAUCGCAACUGUAACGGAAACCCGCGAGCAAACUAUACUUACCAACAAAGAUGCCGUUGGACUCCACAGAGGGGCGUUUCCCAUUGGCCCGUGUGGGGCAGGGGGAGGAGCCAGAGGCACCGCAGGGGGCGGAGUCAGAGGGGCAGGAGGGGAGCGGGAUUUGUUCUCGCUGGUUGCAGAGGAUCUGCCCUUGCUGUUGUAAAGGACAGGCGGAGUCAUGCGCUGCGGCGGAGAGGCCCAGGGCGGACACGCCCGGGGGGGACACCACUGUGGCUGACACAGGCAUUCCGCUGAUCACUGACGGGGUGAAGCCCCAGACCGGUGCCAGUGAGCUGGAGGAGCUGACGCUGACGGUCCGAUCAGUGGACCUGCUGAAGUCGAAAACAGGCCCAAACCGCCGGGAGCACCACACUGAUCAAUACCAUGGUGACGACCUCAUCCUACGCAGGGGCCAGACGUUCCAGCUGCUGCUCGACCUCUCGCGACCUUUCAACCCCGACACCGACAAACUGCGUCUGGAGCUGAAGACAGGACCCCGCCCCCUGGUGUCAAAGGCCUCUCAUGUCAUCAUCCCAUUGGUGGAGGAGCUGGAGGAUGACUGCUGGGAGGCCAAGAUCGUGGAGCAGGACGGCAACAGGGUCAAGCUGUCCGUCAACUCCCUCCCGACGGCCCUGGUUGGCCGGUACCAGCUCACCGUGGUGACGAGCGAUCCCAAGGGCGAGUUCAUCUCCAAGCAUGACCCCAGCGAUGACAUCUACAUGCUAUUCAACCCCUGGUGUGAAGAUGACACCGUGUUCAUGGAUGAGGAGGAUGAGAGGAAGGAGUACGUGCUCAGUGACACGGGCAGGGUCUACUACGGCACGGAGAAGCAGAUCGGAGCUCGCACCUGGAACUUCGGACAGUUUGAUGAAGGGAUCCUCCCAGCCUGUCUCUACAUCCUGGAGAAGAGUGAUGUUCUUCCCUCGGGUCGGGGAGAUCCUGUCAAUGUGGUCAGGGCCAUAUCUGCCAUGAUUAACUCCCCUGAUGACCGCGGGGUGCUGGAGGGGAACUGGUCGGGGAAUUACUUGGGGGGGAUGGCCCCAACGGCGUGGAGCGGCAGCGUGGACAUUCUGAAGAAAUACUACAGCGAGGGGGGCGUGCCCGUCAAAUACGGCCAGUGCUGGGUCUUCUCCGGGGUCACCACCUCAGUGCUCAGAUGUCUGGGUAUCCCGGCUCGAAGUGUGACGAAUUUCCAGUCUGCCCACGACACGGAUGUCUCCUUGACGACAGACGUGUAUUUCGACGAGAACAUGCAGCCACUCCAUGAGCUGAACUCCGACUCCGUCUGGAACUUCCACGUGUGGAAUGACUGCUGGAUGGCGCGCCCAGACCUGCCCCCGGGGAUGGGGGGGUGGCAAGCAGUGGACUCCACCCCCCAGGAGACCAGCCAGGGCACUUUCCGCUGUGGCCCCGCCUCCCUCGCCGCCAUCCGCAGGGGAUUGGUCUACCACAAAUAUGACACAGCCUUCGUCUUUGCUGAGGUGAACAGUGAUAAGAUCUACUGGCAGAGGAACCUAGAUGGGACGUUCAGUCAGAUUCACAGUGAAAAGAAGGCGGUGGGACACUGCAUCAGCACCAAGGCAGUGGGCUCCAACGAGCGCGCGGACAUCACCCACCUAUACAAACACGCCGAGGGAUCGGAGGAGGAGCGUAUCGCCGUGGAGACGGCCGGUCGCCACGGCACCAAGGCGUUCGUGUACACCUCCCCGAUGGCGGAAGACGUGUGUAUGGAGGUCACCAUGGAGGGGGAGGGGCCUCGCAUGGGGGGCGACGCCCAGCUGACCAUCGUCCUGCGCAACCAGAGCUCGCAGCCCCGCAGUACCACCAUCCACAGCCAGGUGGCAGUCAUGUACUACACCGGCGUGCUCAAGGGAACCGUCAAGAGGGACGACCUGCCGGUCCAACUUACGCCCAACGAAGUGAAGACCAUCACCUGGGUCCUACCGUACCAGAACUACCAGGACCAGCUGGUGGACCAGGCGGCCCUGAUGCUGACUCUGUCGGGCCGGGUCAGCGAGACCCAGCAGGUUCUGGCCACACAGCACAGCUUCCGGCUUCGGACGCCGGACCUCAACAUAACGCCUGUAGGGGACGCUGUGGUGGGGAAAGAGAUGGCGGCUGAGAUCUGCUUCGUCAACCCCCUGCCGCGCACGCUGAAGGGCGUGGUGGUACGGGUGGAGGGUCUGGGCCUGCAGAGCGUGCGAGAGAUCGUCGUGGGUGACGUGGGCGGCCACUGCACCCUGACGCUGACGGAGCGUUUCGUCCCCACCCUCCCGGGGCACAGGAAGCUGGUGGCCUCGCUGGACUGCCGGCAGCUCACUCAGGUGCACGGGGUUGUCGACAUCAUCGUCCAGGAGAAAUAA